AUGUCCUGCAAGUCAUGCGGGCCGUGUUAUCCGUUUGAGGGCUGGGGGCCGGGGUUUCCCCAAGUCCGAAGACGAUUCGUCCAAGGGUGGCACCCGGCACCACAUUUCGAACAAGCUCCUCCUGCGCGGCGGCGCCUGCGCGCAACCUGGGAAUAUGAGAAGCUAUCCGUCACAGGCUCGUCCAGCGCAACCCCAUACGUCAGGGUGCUCGUAGGCAAGGUCAAGAAGUCGCAAGCGCAGUUUGAGGCAUCGGUCGAGAAGGCCGAGAUCGUACAGGACAACCCCGAAUGGACGGAUCGCUCAUGGGUGAAGGCUGCUCUAGCGCAGCUCGCCAAGGAUGGUGUACUAGGAGACGUCCGUGACUGGGCAAAGAUUGAGAAAGAGAGCUUGGCAUUCGCCGAAAAGAAGAAAUCCGAGGGCCGCCUCGAUGCCUGGAAUGGCAAGGCGCCGACUUACGACUUGACGCAGAAACGCGAGACGGUGAAAUAA